AUGGGCUUUGCAAAACGGGAAACCCAGCCCCGUGCUCAAAUGGCUGAUCUCGAACUGUUUUACUGUCACCAGCCCGAUCUGAAAGACAACUCCCCGGGUUUAAAUCAGCAAAGUGUCAACAAGGCGCUUCAGGAUUCAGCGCCAUGGACAGAGAACUGGAGAGGCGCGCGUUCGGAGGAGGAAGCAGAGACAUGUUUCACCUGCAAACAGCGAGCUGAGGAUGAUGAUGUCAACUUGAUAGGGACAAGUCCACAAAACUGCACACUGAGUCAGGGCUCCUCGAGUGAACUGUACGAGGAGGAUUUGGUGGAGGAAGAUGAGGAGGAGGACAUCACGGAACUUUACUUGCUGUCCGACGAAGACCUCUCCUCUGAGGCUUCGGGGAAGUCUGUGGAUUACGGCUUCAUCAUCGCGGUGACAUGCCUGUUGACCGGUAUCUCUUUGGUCGCCAUAUCCUACACGGUCCCCAGGGAUGUGCGCGCCGACCCGGACAGUGUUUCCGCCCGGGAGAUGGAGCGGCUGGAGCGGGAGAAAGCCAGGGUGGGGGCCCAUCUGGACCGCUGUGUCAUGGCGGGGCUGAGCCUGCUCACCCUGGGGGGCGUGCUGCUCUCCACCCUGCUCAUGAUCUCCAUGUGGAAAGGGGAGAUGAUGAGGAGGAAAGCCUUUGCGUAUUCCAAACACGCUGCAAAGUUGUACGGAUCCAUUAAUCUGAGAGCUGGCUCGGAAUCCUGCUCACAUGUGUCAGGAACUGAGGAGGAUUUAGAAGUGCUCAGCUGA